AUGAACCAAAUGUAUUAUCUUUCAUCUUCCACUGUUAAUACUAUGAAUUACGUAUCUCAAGAUAAUGUUAUUGCCGAAUACUCAUUUUUUUAUAAAGCAGGGAACGAUCAUCAAAUUUAUCAUAUUACCUGCAAAGAAAUCUCAUUUGAAAUCGUUUCACAUCUUUUAAGCAAUCCCGUCUGCUUGACUCAAAAUUACAUUCAAUCAGAUAAUUUACAUGUAUUUUAUCACCAGCAACCUGAUGAUAAAAAAAUUUAUCAAGUUAUUUGUGAACUGGUUUCGUACAAAUUCAUUAUUGAUUUGUUGAAUAAAAUUAAUUAUGGGAUUGAAAUUAAUGAUCUACGACAAGAAAAUUUGGAUUUCUCAAGAGAAUGUAAAGAAAAUUUGGAAUUUUACUUGAAACAAGAUUUGACUCAUUGUUUGGCAUCAAACAAAAUUUACGAGCAAUUAAAUAUGAAUGAUAACGGCGGUAGUUACUAUACUACCAGUGGUUCAGAUGGUUCUAGUGCGAAUUUUGUUAAUAUCUCUCAACAUGUGUCAGAUAAUUAUGACCAAUCACAACAAGAUAACAACUCUCAAAAUGUUAUUACAGAUUAUACUCAAACUCAUACUACUAACAUCUACCCUUAG